CCCGCGCGCUCUGCCGGGCUCGUGCCCGCCAGUGGGGCAGCGGCCGCGGGGGCGGCUUCAGCUCGCGUCGUGCAGAGCGGUAGCAUCGCUGACGCUAGUCAGGGACAAGAAGACCUAGUGAAUGAUUUCAGAAAAAGUGCCUGUUUGCUUAGGAUGUCAGUGCACCAAGCAAAUCUGAAGCACUCCUUUCGCUGAGGAUCGUCCUGUCUGCAGUAACUUCACAGACCUGCCCCAGAGGCUUUCCCCAAAUUCCCCUGCACCUUACCUACUGCUCCAGACUUGAAGCUGCUUGGGACUUUUUUCAUGUGGAUCUAAGGGGAAUGCUUUACUAUGGCUGCUGUUGUCCAACAGAACGACCUAGUGUUUGACUUUGCAAGCAACGUCAUGGAGGAUGAACAGCAGCUUGGUGAUCCUGCCAUAUUUCCUGCUGUCAUUGUGGAACAUGUUCCUGGUGCUGAUAUUCUCAAUGGUUAUGCCGGGCUAGCCUGUGUGGAAGAACCCAAUGACAUGAUUACUGAGAGCUCUCUGGAUGUUGCUGAAGAAGAAAUCAUAGAGGACGACGAUGACGACAUCACCCUUACAGUCGAGGCCUCUUGUCACAGUGGAGAUGAGACCAUUGAGACCAUUGGAGCUGCCGAGGCGCUCCUCAAUAUGGACUCUCCUGGCCCUGUACUGGAUGAAAAGCGAAUCAAUAAUAAUAUAUUUAGCUCUUCUGAAGAUGACAUCGUUGCCCCAAUCACCCACGUGUCCGUCACACUGGAUGGGAUUCCUGAGGUGAUGGAAACCCAGCAAGUGCAAGAGUCCAAUGCAGACUCCCCUGGAGCCUCCUCCCCAGAGCAGCCGAAGAGAAAGAAGGGAAGAAAAACAAAACCACCACGACCAGAUUCCCCGGCCACUACACCAAAUAUAUCUGUGAAAAAGAAAAGUAAAGACGGGAAGGGAAACACAAUUUACCUUUGGGAGUUUUUACUGGCUCUGCUUCAGGACAAAGCUACCUGUCCUAAGUACAUCAAAUGGACACAGCGAGAAAAAGGCAUUUUUAAGUUGGUCGACUCUAAAGCUGUGUCCAGAUUAUGGGGGAAGCACAAAAACAAACCUGACAUGAACUAUGAGACCAUGGGGCGAGCACUCAGGUACUAUUACCAAAGAGGUAUUCUUGCAAAAGUGGAAGGUCAGCGCUUGGUGUAUCAGUUUAAAGAAAUGCCAAAAGACCUCAUCUACAUAGACGAUGAGGGUCCAAGUUCCAGCACAGAGUCUUCAGAUCAGUCCUUAUCUUCAACGACCACUUCCAGUCGGAAUCAAGCAAACCGACCAAGAAUGUCUUCAAGUCCAGGAAUAAAAGGAGGGGCCACUACAAUUCUAAAACCAGGGAAUCCUAAAGUUGCAAAACCCAAAGACACCGUGGAAGUCGGGCAGCCUUCAGAAGUGUUGAGGACAGUGCAGCCCUCACAGGCUCCCUAUCCUACCCAGCUCUUCCGGACUGUCCACGUGGUACAGCCAGUACAAGCCAUCCCCGAAGAAGCAAGCAUAACCAGCACCAUGCAGGAGGAAGCUGCAGGUUCUUCAGUUCAGGGCAUUAGGACGAUACAGGCUUCAACCCAGGUUCCAGUAGUCGUGUCUCCUGGCAACCAACAGCUACAUACAGUAACACUCCAGACAGUGCCACUCACAACGGUUAUAGCCAGCACAGACCCGUCAUCAGGUGCAGGGCCGCAGAAAUUUAUUUUACAAGCCAUUCCAUCGUCACAGCCCAUGACAGUACUGAAAGAAAAUGUCCUGCUACAGUCACAGAAGCCGGGCUCUCCUCCUUCAAUCGUCUUCAGCCCUACCCCAGUACAGCAGGUCCUUACAGGCAGCGUUCAGUCCCUUGGCAAUGGAGCUGUCAGUAUGGCUUCACCUCCAAACUUCAGUGCUACGGCACCUGUGGUGACUUUCUCUCGGAGCUCACAGCUGGCUGCACACCCACCGGGCACCGUGAUCACAUCUGUUAUCAAAGCUCAGGAAACAAAAACUCCUAAAGCAGAGGUGGAGAAAAAGGCUGAAGGUCAUUUGAAUGGAGACCCCGAGGAAAUUGAACAGCAGCCCCAGCCUUAUGUGAUGGUGGUGUCCAGUUCAAACGGGUUUUCCUCUCAGGUAGCCAUCACACAGAAUGAACUGCUAGAGCCCAGCUCUUUUUAAUUAAUACACCAAAGGAAUUAUGGGUGGUUAUUUUUUUAAUUGAACUCAUUUUUAGGUUGUCUGACCAUAACAUGAUUUUUUUUCUAAGAUAAAUCCACAGAAGUUCUUAAUUUUGUAAUUGUUAAAAACAGUGACCUUUGCCUUUGCUAGAUAAGGAGGAAAACCCAUGUGUGUCUCCUCUCUAAAUGUUUCAGAACUGAGUUGUGAAGGAGCAGGAAUUUUAUACGAUGAAGAAAUUCUUGAGAUUUUUUUCAGUUGCUAUAUCAUAAGUAUUUUUAAAGUUUCUUUUCUAGCUUGACACUGUAUUAGCUUCCUGAAUUGUUCGAAAAUACUACUUAAAUAUACGUCAAGAGGAAAUUUAUAUAGGAAACAUUUUCAUUCCACUUGUAUAAUUUAAGUCUUGACUCUUUUCAGAUGCAAGAAACUUAUUUUAUACUAUUAAAAUUGUUCCGCUGUCACUUAGCUUGACUCUAGUUGGCUGGACUGUUUAAUAUACUACGAAUCUGUAAAGUAACAUAAAUUGAAAUGUAUAUGCCCAAUGUGUUGGCAUAUACUUGUAAUCCUAGCGCUUGGGAGGUGGACAAGGGGCAAUCAGGAGGAGUUCAAGGACAGUCUUAGCUACAUAGUGAAUUUGAAGCCAGCCUGGGCUAUAUGAAACCUUUCAGAAAAACCAAAAUAACAAAAAUAUUGUGUGCCUAUGUUAAUGUCUGAACCUGAGUUCACAAAAUGUGAUAUUAUAAAGGCAGCACUUGUGACAUUUCUACUAGCUUGGUGUGUAACCCUGGGCAGGCCAUUCACCUGAUAGUCUGUGCCUUUCUGGUAAAAUAAAGGGAUGCAUUGGACUAAACAAAAUGAUCUAUAAGUUUCCUUCUUACUAAUAAAUUUUAUGAUUUUAUUAUCUGUACUUUAAAAUUAUUUGGAAUAUUACCAGAUUGUUUCCUUAAGUAAAUAUAGGUAAAAUAUUGCUUAAAAAUGUUUUCCUACAAAAUUACUAUCAGUAAGGUCCGCCAUAAAUUCUUCCUAAGUUCUUUGUUCAUUAAUCCUCAGCCCACCAUGUACUGUGGCUUAUUAGUAAGCUGAGUGCUAAAUGACAGACUGCUAUUCUAAGAGACUCAGGGCUCCAAGGUCCAGAGAAGCAACUAGAGUCCUGAGCCAGUCUGGCUGAGUCAGUUAUUAUAAAGGCAUACUUGUUUUUUAUUUGGAUCAUUUUUUACUGUGGGUGAAGGGGGAGGGAAGUUGCAUACAAAGAUAUUCUAUAUCCAAGCUUUUGAAGUAGGGUUUUUAGAUUACUUUUCCAAUGUAAAUAAUGUAAUUUAAUGUCACAUGAAAUUGUUUUCUUCAGAUUCUUUAGUAUAGAAAGUUUUGUAGAAGAAAAAUUAUUGUGUUUAGAGGUCUAAUAUUAUAUGUUUUCAUAUUAUAAAAUGAAUUUGUAUUUAAACAAAAAAUUUAAAUUUUGGAAUCCUCUAAACAUUUUUGUAUCUUUAAUUGUUAUUAUUAAAUCAUGUAAAAGUUUUCAAUA